ACGCGGGUGUAGGGUUCAGGCCGUCCCAACUCCCAAGCCCCCAGUCCCCACGUUUAACAAAGUGCAACAGGGAGUUCAGCUGCAGGUUCAUCACCAUGGUUCUCAAAACUGAACUAUGCCGCUUUAGCGGUGCAAAGAUCUACCCUGGGAAGGGCAUCAGGUUUGUUCGUUCAGAUUCUCAGGUCUUCCUUUUUGCCAACUCAAAAUGCAAGAGGUAUUUUCACAACCGCUUGAAGCCGUCAAAGCUUACAUGGACUGCAAUGUACCGGAAACAACACAAGAAGGACACUACUACUGAAAUCUUGAAGAAAAGGCGCCGAACUACAAAGAAACCUUAUUCAAGGUCCAUAGUUGGUGCCACAUUGGAAGUUAUCCAAAAGAAGAGAACUGAGAAGCCAGAAGUCCGAGAUGCAGCACGUGAAGCUGCUCUGCGUGAAAUCAAGGAGAGAAUCAAGAAAACCAAGGAUGAAAAGAAGGCAAAGAAAGCAGAAGUUGCCAAAGCCCAGAAGUCUACAAAGGGUGGCUUGUCUAAGGGCGCUGCACCCAAGGGUCCUAAGCUUGGAGGAGGGGGUGGGAAAAGAUGAUCUUCUCUCUAGCACAUUUGGGUUGGAUGUUCGAACAAAUUAUACUCCGGCAGCUGUACCAUUGGUUAAUUGACCACAUGCAUUGGACUUCAUGUUUUGAGUGUUUGCACUUGGAAAAUUUUAAGUGGAUCUUUUUCGAGGAAACCAGUAUAUCUGCUUCUCUACAUUUCUGUUGAUUUAUGAUGAAAUAUUCACAUGUUAGAAAUCUGGAAAAAUAACAUGGCAUGUCUGUUAAUUUGGUAGGUAGAGUUAAUUUGAUAACUUGCCUUUGAGUGGGUAUAAUUGGAUUACCUAAUGAUAAAGUAGCAUUCCUGUUGUUAUGGA